AUGAUCAGUCAGAAGAAAACUUUAGAAGAGUCAAUAUAUCCCUUGAACUUACUUAAUGCCUUCUUGGGACUGUCGAUUUUUGAGAUUCCAUGUAAUCGUCCCUGGCCAAAACUGAGUAUUCUGUACAUCUUGAUCAGGUCAUCGGCAUACGGAGCUCUAUUAUGGUAUAUCGGAACUUACGUGCCCGUGAAGCAUUCAAAGAUUAAGAUCAUACCGGUUGUUUAUCAAGUGAUUCUGGCAGUGAAUAUUUUUAUAGCAGCCAUAUCGACUGUACUGGGCAUUAUUAAUUAUCGCCAUUCAAGUAUACUUGUCAGAAGAUUGAAACUGGCUGAUGAAACUUUGGAGGUUUUCGGAAUAGAUCCGGACUACGUAUCAGAGUACAGAGAUAUAGUUAAAAAAACCGUUCUGUGGUCUGUCGGCGUUGCAUUGAUAUUGGCUUGUGAAGUUGCGAUGAAUUGUAUAGUUUUUGAGGACUUAAGCAAAGGUAUACUUGUAACAAUAAUCUUCGAUAUUCCGUUGCUGCAGAAUCCUAUGAUUGAACUGAAUUUCGGUACAACAAUCUCAAUUUUGGGGAAGAGAUUUGAAAGAUUGAAUGCGCUCAUUCAAAAUGUGACAGAUUCGACAACGAUAUCAACCAUUUCUAAUGACGUUAAUAAUUAUAAGAACAUUCUAAAGUGCAAUCAACGGAAAGUCCGUGUCCAACCAACUUUUCAUCAACAAAACAGAAACAACUUGGAAUUACUACUAAAAGUAACAAGGCAACUUCAUUUGGAUUUGUGCGGAAUCUCUCGAAAAGUAAAUGAUGUAUGCAGCAAACAAAUGUCGAUGCAAAUGGCUUCCACAUUCCUACUUCUAACAGGUUUCAGUUAUAGCCUCUAUCUUGUUUACAACGAGCCAUAUAUACUACUGGAACAGAAAGCCCAGCAGUAUGUCUCAUUAGCGAUAUGGAUUGCAAUCAGUAUUUUUCGUAUGAUUCAUGUGGUUCGCAUAUCGGUCAACGUCACUACCGAAGCACAAAAAACAAGUCAAAUAGCUCAUGAAAUACAAGUUCCUAGAUCAAAACACAAGUUGAUCGAUGAGAUUCAUCAGCUGUCUCUGCAAAUAAUGCAGCACCCUCUGUACUUCACUGCUUCUGGAUUAAUUGUAUUGGAUUUUGGCUACGUUCGUGGGUUUGUUGGCUCUGUUACUACUUAUUUGAUGAUUUUAAUUCAAAAUCAACCUGAUAUGCUUAAGGCGGCAUAUACUCUGGCAGCUCUCGAUAAUAAUACAGUUAACUCAUUGAGCAGCGGAUCAGCAAAAUGA